AUGGCGCGUACGAAACAAGUGCCCAGCAAGCGGCAGGCGUCGUCCGAAUACUUUAACAAGGAAACGGCCGAGUGGGAGACUUCCGAUGGAAAGCCCAAGACCAAUGGGUCUGUGGUCGUCAAGUCUGCACCGGCAAAGGCGGACGCGGGGAUCAUGCAGCUCGUCAUUGCCGUCUCGGGCAUUUACGCCUCCUUCUUGACGUGGGCGUACCUCCAGGAGAAGCUCACGACGACGCGCCACGGCCCGGCGCAGGAAGUCUGGCACUUUCCGGUAUUCCUCAACACGAUCCAGUCGCUGUUUGCGGCAGCCGUGGGCAGCCUGUACCUCGUUCUCUCGACGCCGCGGGGCGCCGCCGUGCCGCCGAUCAUCCCGUCGUCGCGGAUACUCGCGCCGCUGGCGCUCGUGGCGGUGACGUCGAGCCUGGCGUCGCCGUUUGGCUACGCGAGCCUCGCGCACAUUGACUACAUUACAUUUUUGCUGGCCAAGAGCUGCAAGCUGCUGCCGGUGAUGCUGCUGCACAUUACCGUGUUUCGGAAACGAUACCCGCUGUACAAGUACCUGGUGGUGGCGGCGGUGACGGCGGGCGUGGCGGUGUUUACGCUGCACUCGGGAAGCAAGAAGAAGAAGCAGGCAAGCAGGCUCGGGGACGAUGCGCGCGUGGGCUGGGGGAUGCUGCUGCUGGGCAUCAACCUGCUCUUUGACGGGCUGACCAACAGCACGCAGGACUAUAUAUUCAGCGCGUUUCAGCCGUACUCGGGUCCGCAGAUGAUGUGCGCGAAUAAUGUCAUGAGCUCGCUGGUGACGGGCGCGUACCUGCUUGUCGGGCCGGCGGUGCUGGGGGCGACGGGCGCGGGGGAGUGGUUGGGGCUGGGUAAGGGUGACGCGGGGGAGCUGGGCGAUGCGAUGGCGUUUAUGGCGCGGUAUCCGGCGGUUUGGAAGGAUGUGCUUGGUUUUGCGGCGUGUGGUGCCGUUGGCCAAGUCUUUAUCUUCUAUACGUUGUCGACGUUUUCCUCGGUGUUGCUAGUGACGGUGACGGUGACCAGGAAGAUGGUGACGAUGAUGUUGUCAGUGUUGGCGUUUGGACACAGACUAACGAGGAUGCAGUGGUUGGGCGUGGGACUGGUGUUUGGGGGUAUUGGUGUGGAGGCGGGGAUUGCGAGGAGGGAGAAGAUGGCCAAGGAAAAGGCCAAGAAGGAGAAGUCGGGGUAA